AUGGAGGGGGAGGAGGAAGAAGAAGAGGAGAAGGAUCCUGCAUGCGUGUCCCGCGAUCGCAUGGAGAGGAAGAAGCUUGAUCUGUACCCACAGCAGGAGGGUUCGUCACUUGUCAAUCUUGUGGCACACGUUGUCCGCUCACUGAUUACCCGGAGAGACGACGCUGUCUUUUCUUCCGGCCAGGACCAGAUUUGA